CAGACACAUAACGCUUCAUUUGGGAUGGCAGGCGCUGUUAGUAGCAGAGGUUGCCGGAGGCUGAGGAGCUCUCAGAUAAGAGACCUCCUUGACACAAAACACUGUGUGCUUUUCGAUUGCGAUGGAGUGAUUUGGAACGGCGAGAAAGCGGUGGUGGGCGCGCCGGAGGUGGUGAGUUUAUUGAAAAAACGAGGCAAAAACGUAUUUUUCGUCACCAAUAAUUGCACGCGACCACGGGAGAGCUACGUACAGAAGUUUUCCAGACUGGGCUUCAAAGACGUCGGCCAGAACGAGAUCCUGAGUUCGGCUUACUGCUCAGCUCUUUACCUGAGAGACGUGGCCAAAGUGCAAGGCAAGGUGUUUGUCAUCGGGGGCGACGGAAUGUACAAGGAGCUGAGGCAAGCUGGCAUACCCUUUGUGGGGGGAGAGUCUGAUGCUGCCGGCGUGACCAUAUCGGACUGUCCUUUAGAUUCGGAUAUCAAGGCGGUCCUGGUUGGAUAUGAUGAUAAGCUAAAUUUUAUGAAACUGGCCAAAGCUUGCUGCUAUUUGCGGAAUCCUGAGUGCCUGUUUUUGGCCACAGACACCGACCCGUGGCACCCGCUUCGAGAGGGGAGGGUCAUACCAGGUUCCGGAAGCCUCACUGCAGCCCUGGAGACCGCGACUGACCGUAAGGCCACGGUCAUCGGGAAACCAAGCCGCUUCAUGUUCGAGUGCAUUGCCAGCCAGUUUGCAGUUGACCCUGCCAGAUCCCUCAUGGUGGGGGACCGUCUGAAAACGGACAUCCUGUUCGGGGCCAGCUGUGGCGUGGACACCGUCCUCACCCUGACUGGGGUGUCCACUCUGGAGGAAGCGCGGAGUUACAGGGACAGCUACGCCCCCGAGGAACAGGCAUUCGUGCCAGACUAUGUGGUAGACACCAUCGCUGACUUUCUGCCUGCUCUGGAAGAUGGCGGGACACUCUGAUAUCAUUGCACCGUGGCAGAUAAGGACCCAUCUCCAGCUGCAGCAUUAAGAGCACCUCCAGCCAAGCACAGCCUCUGCACCCUGUCUCCGUGGCAGGACUGGAUCUCACCACCGUUCUCCUCCUCGGCAUCCCCUGAUAACCAUGGCA